AUGGACCGCGCCAACAAACCCAAGACGCUUCCCAAGCUGUCGUCCACUCCGGGUCUACCGCCCCAACCCACAGUGACUUUCACCGACGAUAACUCACGUCUCCGCGCCGACCUGCCCACAGGCGAGAGCGUUGAAGUGCUCCUCUACGGCGCCACCGUCAUCAGCUGGAAAGAUGCCACGGGUGAUGAGAAGUUGUGGCUGAGCGAGGCGGCCAAGCUGGACGGCAGCAAGGCCGUUAGGGGUGGCAUCCCUCUUGUCUUCCCUGUCUUCGGCACAGCCCCGGACCACCCGCAGACCAAGGACCUGCCGCAGCACGGGUUCGCGCGCACGUCGCGGUGGGAGUUCCUAGGCAAGUCGACGUCCGAGUCCAUGGUCGGGGUCAAGCUCGACUUCGGCCUGAGCUCGGCCGCCCCGGGGCUCGACCCCAAGGCCGCCGCCCUCUGGCCCUUCAAGUUCAAUCUGAUCUACAGCGUCACCCUCAACCCCGAGAGCCUGACCACCAGCAUCGUCGCCACCAACGACGACCCCGCCGCCCCCUUUGACUGCCAGGUCCUGAUGCACACCUACCUGCGUGUCAAGAGCUGCGUGUACACGCCCACAGAGAAACGCGGUCACCUGUGUUCGAUGUCCGGCCUUCUCUGGGUUGCGAGAUACGCGCGGACAAACUUCAACCAACGUGGUUGGGUGAAAACGCAUGGGAACGAGAAAGUGGCGGCCCUCCUGGGAUUUUUACCCCCGAAGACAGAUUUAAAAAUAUGCUGUGCGUGGAGCCGGGGGCCGUGGGCGCGUGGCAGGCGGUGGAGGGCGGGGAUGCAUUUGAGGGGGCCCAGACGAUUGCGUUGGUGCGUUGACUGGGACGAGGACGAGGACGAGGACUAG